UAACUCCACAGGUUGCAAGGAUAUCGUGGCAUCUGGAUUUUGUUAAUUAUUUAUUUAUUUUAACUGAAAAUAAAUAAAUAUUUCCAAUAUUUGAAGGAAACACAUAGAACACCCUCCGGAAGACGUCAAGGCCUUCUCUUUUCCCCCCAAUUGGCUAUUUUCUCAAGCUAUUCUAGAUCGUGAUCACAUCUACUAAAUUUUGUCGAAACUAUAAUUUCGCUUAUUUGGAUUGAUUGUAGAGGCUUUGGAUUUCCUUAGAUAAUGGGGGUAAUGUCAAGGCGGGUUCUGCCCGUCUGCGGCAACCUCUGUUUCUUCUGUCCUUCAUUGCGCGCAAGGUCAAGACAGCCCGUUAAGCGUUACAAGAAGUUUCUUGCUGAUAUCUUCCCCCGUAAUCAGGAGGCUGAACCAAAUGAUAGGAAAAUCGGGAAGCUUUGUGAUUAUGCUUCAAAGAACCCAUUACGUAUUCCCAAGAUUACAGAUACGCUGGAGCAAAGAUUUUACAAGGAGUUGCGACAUGGGAACUUUGGAUCUGUGAAAGUUGUGGUGUGCAUUUAUAGGAAAUUGCUGUCGUCAUGUAAGGAACAGAUGCCACUAUUUGCCAGUAGUUUAUUGGGAAUAGUUCGGACUCUUAUGGAGCAAACUGGGCAGGACGAAAUGCAGAUUCUGGCUUGCAAUAUUCUUGUUGAUUUUAUAAAUAGUCAGACGGAUAGCACACAAAUGUUCAACUUAGAAGGCAUCAUUCCUAAGCUGUGUCAAUUGGCUCAAGGUGUGGGUGAUGGUGAAAGAACUCUUCGUUUGCAUUCAGCAGGACUGCAAGCUUUGGCUUCCAUGGUGUCUUUCACGGGUGAGCAUUCCCACAUCUCAAUGGAGUUCGAUAAUAUUAUAUCAGUCACUUUGGAGAACUACAUCGAUCCCCAAAUGAACCCAGACAUUAUUAAUAAGGUUUCCUUGCCAAGCCUUACUACCAAACCUGAAUUGGACCACACAAUGGAUACUUCAAAAAGUCCAUCUUACUGGUCUAGGGUUUGCUUAUGUAAUAUGGCUAGACUGGCAAAGGAAGCUACAACUUUUCGGCGUGUGCUUGAACCUCUGUUCCGUAAUUUUGAUACUAACAAUCAUUGGCCUCUGGAAAAAGGAGUUGCGUACCCUGUUUUAAUAUAUUUGCAAUCACUUUUGGAGGAAGCAGGAGACAACUCGCAUUUGCUAUUAUCUAACCUGGUCAAGCACUUGGAUCAUAAGAAUGUGUUCAAAGAACCUCUUGUACAAAUAGAUAUUGUUAAUGUCAUCUCACAGCUUGGACAAAAUGCAAAGCAAGAGGUCACAGUUACAGUCAUUGAUGCAAUAUCUGACUUGAUUAAACAUUUGAGAAAAUGCCUUCAAAAUGCAGCUGAAUUAUCUAGCUCUGGAGAUUGUAUUGACAAACAAAAUGCUGAUCUUCAGUUUGCCAUAGAAAAAUGCAUCUUACAGCUCUCAAAUAAGGUUGGAGAUGUGGGACCCAUACUUGAUAAAAUGGCUGUGUUCUUAGAGAAUAUUUCAACUACUACUAUUGUAGCUAGAACGACAAUAUUUGCUGUUCAUCGGGCAGGACAGAUUAUUGCAUCCAUCCCUAACAUAUCAUAUCACAAGAAGGCCUUUCCUGAUGCUUUAUUUCACCAGUUGCUCAUAGCAAUGGCCCAUCCAGACCAUGAGACAAGAGUUGGAGCGCACAGUGUCUUAUCCAUUGUGCUUAUGCCAUCCUUGCUUUCUCUUUGGUCAGACCAGAAUAAGAAAACAUCAGAAGCUAUUUCUGGAUUUUUUGAUACAUUGGAGAAGUCAAUGAGCAAAAGAUUCUCCUUUCAGGAUGAGGGUAAGGAUAACGCAAAAGUCAUGGAUGGAGGAUCGUGGGAGGGAGACAAUCAAAUAUUGGAUGCGGAUGCAAAAAAAUUUAGAAAAAGUGACUCAAGUAGCCAUUCAAAUAGCUUAAAGUCUUCUACCACAGAUGGAAAAACUCAAACUUCUCUACGAUUGAGUAGUCAUCAAGUCAGUCUUUUGCUUUCAUCACUAUGGGUUCAAGCAACAUCUGCUGAGAAUAUGCCUGCAAAUUUUGAGGCCAUGGCACAUUCUUAUAACAUUGCUUUGCUCUAUACUCGGUCUAAGACGUCCAAUCACAUGGCCCUAGCUCGGUGUUUUCAGCUGGCAUUCUCACUUAGGGGCAUCUCUCUGGAUCAAGAAAGAGGUCUACAACCGUCUCGGAGAAGGUCUCUCUUCACCUUGGCAUCAUACAUGCUAAUAUUUUCUGCAAAGGCAGGGAAUUUCCCAGAGCUAAUUCCUAUAGUUAAAGCGUCUUUGACAGAAAAAACAGCUGAUCCUUAUCUUGAGUCAGUGGAAGACAUCAGGCUGCAGACUGUUUAUUUAGAAUCUGAUGGGGGAAAGAUGGUAUAUGGGUCAGAGGAAGACAAUGUUGCUGCAUCACAAUCUCUCUCAGCAAUAAAAUUAGAUGAUCACCACUUGAAGGAAACCUUGAUAUCACAAUUCAUCAAAAAAUUUGCAAAAUUGACAGAGGUUGAGUUAUCGAGAAUAAAGGAACUACUUCUUCAGGAAUUUUUGCCUGAUGAUGUGUAUCCAUUGGGAGCUCCUUUGUUUAUGGAGACACCGAGGCCAUGUUCUUCUCUUGCCCAAGUAGAGGUUCAGGCUUUUGAAGAGAUAAUGCCUGCAGCAUCCUUGACAGAUGAUGAAACUAUCACUGCAGCUAAUGCUAAUGAGAAUCUGUCAGGUCGCAAAACAUCACUUUCUGUCAAUUCGCUAGACAUUCUAAGUGUCAAUGAACUUUUGGAAUCAGUCUUGGAAACUGCACAAGAAGUUGCAAGCUCCCAGAUUUCCUCCACGCCUAUACCUUAUGACCAAAUGAAAAGUCAGUGUGAAGCUCUUGUGACAGGUAAACAACAGAAGAUGUCAAUGCUUCAGAGUCUUAAGCAUCAACACGAUGCCAAGGUUUUCCCCACUAGAGAUGAAAAGAAGGGCACUUCAUCAUUUAAUCAGAAAGUGGAGUUACUACAAAGUGAUUCGAAGUUAAACAGUAACGAUCAAAAUGGAGUACCUGACCAACUUGCCCUAUGUUCAGUUGAGUAUGGACAUACUGCUUUUAGAUUACCACCUUCAAGCCCCUACGACAAAUUCAUGAAAGCGGCUGGAUGCUAAAACCAAUGUUUUACACACACCUGUCCCUAUAUUCUGUUUUUCUUUUUCUUUUUUUCUUCCCUUUCAUUUUCUUCAAUUACUUUCCAUUUUUUUUAUUCUCGAUUCUUUGUGAUGGAUACUCUUCUUUAGCAUUAAUCAUAAAUUAAUAUGAAAUUUGCUUAGAAGGCUGUGCCAAUCGGCCUCAAAUGUAUGUAUAGGAAGGAGAGAGAGGUGAUCUUCUUGGGGAAUUGGGUCAUAGUCACAUGCAUUGUUUUUGACAUCUUUUUUUUUUGGAAUAUUUGUUAAUACCUUGAUAGUUUUUAAUAUGAAAUAAACAUUUACUUGA